AAGACAAAACCUCCUACUGUAGUAGCCAUGGCGAUCGCUAGGACUGGAGUAUUCGUCGACGACUAUUUGGAGUAUGCAAACACAUUGCCCGCAGAGCUCCAGAGGCUUCUCAAUACCAUUAGAGAACUCGACGAGCGUUCUCAAUCGAUGAUAAAUCAAACAAGGCAGCAGACCAAGUACUGCUUGGGAUUAGCUUCUCAGAGCUCAAAGAAAGGGAAUAAUGAAGAUGAUGAGGCAUUUGAAGGGAUGAGAAAAGAGGUUGAGGCAAACCAGGAUAAUGCAUUAAGUCUCUGCACUGAGAAAGUUUUAUUGGCACGCCAAGCCUAUGACUUGAUAGAUAGCCAUAUAAAACGUCUUGAUGAGGAUUUGAACAACUUUGCAGAAGAUCUAAAGCAAGAGGGAAAAUUAGCACCAGAUGAACCUUCGAUUCUUCCCCCAUUACCUUUAGUCCCUAAAAAUGAAAAACGACGACCACCCUAUGGAACCCCUCAAUCAAAGAGACUUGAUUACAGGGAGAGAGAUUGGGAUCGGGAGCGUGAUAGAGAUUUUGAACUCAUGCCUCCUCCAAGUGCCUUUAAAAAGGAUUUUUCUGUUCCCGCUGAUCUUGAUCAACCCAUUGAUCCAAACGAGCCUACCUACUGUGUCUGUCAUCAGGUAUCUUUCGGAGAUAUGAUUGCAUGUGACAAUGAAAAUUGCCAAGGAGGUGAAUGGUUCCAUUAUGCAUGUGUUGGGCUCACACCAGAGACAAGAUUUAAAGGAAAGUGGUAUUGUCCAACCUGCAGACAACUGCCACAUUGAAACUGUGUGCAAGUAUCUAACUGCUUAUGCAAACUACCUAAGUACUGCUGUAUGUAUUGGUUCACAGAAAGCAAAUGCUGGAAAAAGUUGGUGUUUAUUCUUGAGAUGAGUCUUGCCAAUACUAUCAAUUUGCCUAUGUGUCAGAUGCUGAAAUGGUAACCCUUCAUUUCAGUGAUUGUUGGUAUGGUUGAAAGUUUUUUUUUUCAUUUUUUUUCCCCUGCACAGAAGCUUGUUGAAGAAAGAAGGCAGUCUAUGUUUUUGCCUUGGUAACUUAGCAUUCAACUCUGUAUACUAUUGACAAAAAAAACUAAGUACCAGAUACGUAUAAUCAGUUCUUAUAUGAUGUGUAUUAGUUGAUCGGUG